AUGGUUUCACAUGGCAUUAAAGACACACUGACAUACUCAAAUAUACUUAAUGAGGAUAUAGAGAAGAAACUUAACCGAAUAAAAAUUAAUAAAAAAUAUUUAAAUUACAUGAAUAAUAUCGAAACAUCUUUUGAUAGUAAUUCUUCUUCAUUCACAAGUGGAGUAAAUUCUUUUUAUGAAGAUUUUGUAAAGAAAAAGAAAAGUAAUAAUGUUAAUAUGGUAGACAAUGUAAGGUUAGAUGAUGAUGAAAUAAUACAGGAUCUAAAUGAAAUUUAUGAUGAUGGUGGCCUUAUGGUUAGAAUACUAGAUUCUUCUGUUUAUAUUAAUUCUGAAAAAUUUAGUAAACAUGAUAAAGUGUUGGUUAAAAUGGAUAAGGAUGAAUACCUUGGUUCAAUUACCGGUGUAGAUACUGAUGUUGUAAUAAAAUUUAGAGAUGGAAGAAGAAAUAGAAUUAAAUUGGAAGACAUUAAAAAUGGAAAAGUUAAUAUAACAAGAUAUAUAAAACAAUAA